GGGUGGGUAUAUGUGUACACAUGGGCUUGACAGAUGGCAGAGCGCUGGUGAUUACUUUAAUCGAGGUUGGGAAACUACUCGGAUUCUAAUCAAAUUGCCUGUUUGGGGCACAACAUACUGGGAAGAUUUUCAGUUGCUGACCUGAAGUCAAGAUGGGAAACGAGCAGUCAACUGAGAAGAAACUGCAAAAGGCAAAUGCUGUUGAGAAAAAGAUCCAAAAUGGAGAAAUGAAUGGACAUGCAGUCCCACCUCCAGACUUACCUGUGGUUAGCAAAGAAGUUGUGCAAAUAAAGUGUGAAAUCCCUCCAGUGACUGACAUAAAAGACCCAAAACCAUCACAAGGUAAAAUGGAGGUGGACAGUAAUAAAGCCAAUGGAGCUGCACAUGUGGUAAAUACCCCUGAAAAGGAAACAGUUGCCGCAACUGGUGCAGAACCCAAAAAAGAGGCACCAAAGUCCACAGAAAAAGAGGUGACCAACAUCUUCGGUAAAAUGUUAAAAAAGAAGAGUGAGCCGGAGAAACCUGCUGCUGCACAGAGCAACGAUGCAGUUGAUGGACAGGUCACAGUGGGGGAUUUGAAAAUUGACCUGCAGCCUAAAACAGUGGACAUUAAGACAAGCACAGAGCCUGAGCCAGAGGAUAAAGCUCUCGAAUCCAUUCUUGUGGAAGUUGCCGAAGACAUUUUACCAUCAGAGGACGUUAAAGAAGCAGAAAAAACAGUUAUGAACUUUUUCAAAACACUUGUCACUCCGACCAAAACAAGCAAAGAAGGCAAAGCUACUCCUGAUGCUUCAAAAGACCAGUCACAGAAGGAGACACCUCCAGCACCAUCAAUAAAUGUACAGGAAGCUCCCAAGGCACCUACUCCACCUCCCCCAGCACCACCUAAGAUGGAAAGUAAAGCGGUGAAGAAAGAGGAAAUGCCUGCAGCAUCUUCAACAAAAGCAGCAGACAGCUCGACCAAGACCAAACCCAAAGACAGUACUUUCAGCAAACUCUUUCGUCCAAAGCCUGUUUUGAUGGAAGAGAAAAAGCCUACUGAGGUGCAGCAGCAGGUAGACGCAUCUAAGACCAGCACCCUUGAGGCAUCCGCCAAACCCGAAGAACCUCCAGCGCCCAAACCAGAGGAGAAGAAACAAGAGAAAAAGUCGACUUUUGGAAUGUUCAAACCUAAGGUACUGCUAGGCCAAAUGAGCACUAGGAUCCAGGCAGCUGCGUCCAGCGUUGCCGCCAGAGUCCAAAUUGCUGCUGGAUCGGCUGCAGAGCCCAAGAAGGAGACUCCAGCUGCACCCACCGUGUCAGACGUUGCUCCAGCCGGGAAGACCAAAGAGGAGCCAAAACCUGCCACCCCGACACCAGCCCCGGACAACAAAUCAGUGGCAAGUACAGAUAACGCCUCGCCCAGCAUCCCUCCCAAACUAGAGAAGAGGAACUCCCUGCAGCUGUUCUUCAAAAACAUGGGCCAAAAACGCCAUUCUGAUGCCGGAGUGCAAACGGAUCCUGUGGCACCCGAGAAGGCCAAAUAAAACCCAGUCUUUGUUUUGAUCGGUCAUCUUUGCCACAAACAUUGACAACCACGUGAAUAGGAAUACAUAUUUGAAUGUUAUAACCAGUUGAGUGGGACUAUUAAAGGUGAAGUGUGUCAUCUCUUCGCCUUUAGUGGCAUCAUAUGGAAUAAUGAAUGUUUUCAAACAGCUUUGCCAAACACAUCUUCUACUGGUCGUCAAACAGAUAGUGCCGCCCCAAACUGUCGCCAUUGACCCUGAUUCUCAAUCAAACAGAGAAGUGUUUUAAAGCACCAAAGAGCUGUAGUAGUUACACUUUAGGCGAAAUCAUCCAACCAAUGGAUUGCUUACAGUUGUCUCUGCAUAUUAAACUGGGGAUAGGAGGAAGUAUUUUAAUAUUGACAAAAGUACACCCUUCACCUUUAACUUGUGCUGACACCGUAGACCCACGUUUAAGUAAUUAUCGCCCUUGGUUUAACUCCCAUUUCCAAUGUGGUUAUGAGGUUGGCCUUAAAGUUAAUACUGUAAUUCUAAAGAAACUAUGCCAUGAAACAUGGUCGAAUUCCCAUGUUUGUAUUUAGUGAGAGCAGAAGUAAGUGUAAAGAUAUUCACUGUUUAGCAAGUGUUAUGUGUUCUUGAUGGGAGGGAAGAAGUUGUUUUGUUUUUCCAAAGAAGUAAAACGUGUUGGAGUUGUAUGAUGAGGCAUAAGAUAGAAAAAUGAAAGUGAACAUGUAAUUCUAUUUACAAAGAUGAACUGCAUUUUCUUUAUUUUCUGUGCAUGUUAAAACUAACACUAUUUAUCGACAUAAAAAGCAAACAUGGUGUAUGUUAUUUGCAUAUGCAAAAAUGAUUUAUGUGAUCAUAAACGAUCUCAUUGUACAAACAAUCUGAUUCUAUGGACAGAAACCUUCUCAAUGACCCAUUGUGUGCUAAAUUCAAUCAACUCAUUUCAAUCUCACUGGAACCUACAAUGGCCAUUUGAAUUCCAUCCUGGUUGUCUGACACAAAGUAAUCACAAUUUUAGGUUCCUCUCUGAGCUAAAAUAAUUUAAAAAGUUCUAAAUCGCUGUUUUAGUCUCACAUAUUUAUUUAAACUGGCUUAAUUAUCCUAAAAUGUCAUCAUAUCUAAUACUAGCAUGCUUGGUUAUUUAUAUUUGAUCCAGUUUUCACAACAGUCACAAAUAUUUUGUUUUCAUUUCCACUCUAAAUAUCUAACUGAACAUUUAUUCAUUCUAACCUGCGUUAAGUCACAUUUGCAAAUUAUUCUUUUAUUGGCUUGGUCGUCCAUUUAUGAACCUGGAGAUUGAAAAGAAAUUUGGACUCAUUCAUCUCUGCUAUUUAAAGGUUAUUUCCUAUUUUUCCUAUUUUUUGAAUGCAUCACUUGCUAUUAGAUUAUACAUAAUAUGUUAUACAUUUAUGCAAUAUACAACACAAAUCAUAUGUGUUUCAGAUGUCCUGCUACACAUCAUUUGUCAUAUGUUUUAAGAUUUUCCCAAUUUUUCCCAAUUCUUGUCUUUAUUUGUAAAGAGUAGAGAGACUUA